AUGGCAAAGGAUAAUAUGGAUGAUAUAAAUUUAGAAUGUGAAAAUGACAAUGAUAAUAAAAUUUCAUCAGAAAAAAGAUUAGUUGAUGAUAUUAUAGAAAAUAAUAUAGAAGAAAUUAAAAAGAAAGAAAAGGAUAAUAAAGAAAAGGAUAUUAUGUUUAAUAUAAAGAAUGGUUUGUGUGAUUUAGAAAAGACAUUAAAUGGUGAAGGGUAUGCAUAUAGUAAUUUGACAUGUAGAAAAAAGGGUAUUGAUUUUAUACCUAAGAGUAUUACUAGAUAUAUACAUUUAAAAUAUAUAAAUUUAUCUCAUAAUAAUAUAAAUGAUUUAGUCCAUUUAUAUUUUUUACCGAAUAUAAUGUUUCUUGAUGUAUCAUAUAAUAUGUUAAAAGAAAUAGUAGAAUUAAGAAAAGAAUAUUUAAAAAAUUGUAUAUAUAUAAAUUUAUCCCAUAAUUUAAUUUCACAUAUGAAUAAUAUAUUUUUAAAAAAUCUUCUGGAGUUUAAUAUAUCCUAUAAUACAAUAAAUAAUAUAAAUAUAUAUAUAUCUAAUACUAUAAGGAUAUUAAAUUUAUCCAAUAAUAAUAUUAAAAAUAUAAAUUUUAAAAAUAAAUUAAAUAAUUUAUUAGAUUUAGAUAUUUCUUUUAAUCCAAUUGAAAACUUAGACUUUCAUACAUUGAUGCCCAAUUUGGUCGUUUUAAGAAUUAAUGAUAAUUCGACAAUAUCAAUGGAUAAGUUAAACAAUCUUAAUAAUUUUAAAUGUUUACAAUCAUUAUUUAUGCAAAAUUAUUUAUACUUUAAAGAUAUAUCAUAUAAGGACGUGAAAGAAAUCUUGUUACAAAAUUCAAAGGAUAUUCAUUUGUUAAAAUUUAAUGGAAACCGUUUAAAUAAAAAAACGGAUCAGAUUGAACAAGCGGACUUACACAAAUAA